ACCAGGUCGAUGACACAUCAAUCAUAAUUUUGAGUUUCAAUUUCCUGAAAAAGAAAAAAAAAUCCAGCAGGGGAUUUUCUAAAAGUAGAGUCAACUUCCUUUGUUGCAUAUAUAAGGGGGAAAACAUGGAGACAGUGUGAGAAUAUCUGAGAAAGUUGGUAUCUUGAGAAGAAAAAUUGCAUCAUCUAUACAAUAAAGAAUUUGGGUGCUGUUUAAAGUAAAUUAUUCAAGAGUGUUGGGGGUACAAUAAGAUUAAUUUCGGAUGGUAGUAAGAGAACAAGACUUGAGAUUAUUUUCUUGGAUAUUUGAUUAUUGGGCUUUUGACUGGACAAUAAAAUCAAGUUGGAAAAGAUGACAUCUUCAGCUGUGAAUUUGGUGAUGACUGUGAUUGGGUUUACAGUGAGCACCAUAUUCAUAGUAUUUGUGUGCACAAGGCUAAUUUGUGCAAGAAUUCAAUACCUGACCCGGCGCUCUUCUUCUUACACUACUUCCAGAUCUGAUCUUAGCAUUGUGGAACGUGGUUUACAUGGCCUGGAGCCUCUUGCUGUUGCCAACUUUCCAACAAAGAAGUAUAGCGAUGCAUUUUUUACCUUUGCAGAAGAUACUCAAUGCACAGUUUGCCUUGCUGAGUAUUGGGAGGAAGAUACAUUACGUAUUUUGCCUUUGUGUGGGCACUAUUUCCAUGCCACUUGUAUUGACAUAUGGUUUCAGCAGCAAUCCACAUGCCCAGUUUGUCGAAUUUCCCUGCGUGAGACUGUUGAGAAGAAGUGCUUUAUGCAACCCUUGUUUAGUUCAGCUGUCCGAUCUCAAUAUGUGACGGACUCUCUGAAUGUUAAUUCGAACCAAUGCUCAUCAUCAGGGCAGAGGCUUUCUUCAAGAUUACAUGACUGCCAGAAAACAAACCACACUACAGAGAGUGCAUCAAAUGCAUAAGCCUAUAGGCCUCAAGAUUAUAAAUGGCGAAAUUGGCGGAGAUUGAAAGGUAUUUACAAUGCUGUAAUAACGUUAAAUCUAAUUAUACAGAUUUUCCUCUUGCUUUCUUUCAAGUAUAGCAAGGUGAUGUCUGUAUACAAAUACACAAUGGACCUAAUAUGAUUCGACCCUUUUCCGAACCCUACCCAUACAUAAUGGGAGCUUAGUGCAUAGGGCGGUCCUUUUUUUUUUUUUAAAUAGCAAAGCGAUGCCUUUUUUUUUUUUUUUUUGUUUUUGUUUUUGUUUUUGUUUGUCUGUUUUCUUUUGUAUACUAUACAGCAGCUGGGGUGUAUAGCUUUUUUGUAAGUCAAGUCAGGGCAAAUAUUUUUUCUCCUUUUUGUAAAUGUUCUUCAGUUUAGGUGGUGGUAGCCCUGUAGAGGCAUUAGUUCAGCUUC